AGUCUCUCAUUUUGUCUACACGCUGACCCACCUCAAACCUUCUCCUGUCAAUACCCAAGCAACCUCCAAAAUGGCCUGCGGAUCCUCCAAGUGCGUCUACGACCGUAACGGUCCUGGCAGCGCCGCCACUUCAAUCGCCGAAUCCAUCAUCAAGCCCUCCGAGGCCACAGGCACCAAGACCAAAUGCAUCGAAUGUGGUGACUACGAAUGCUGCUGCAUCCCCUGCACUAUCUUGUAA